UAUGCUAAACUAUGUUUUUAUUCUCUCUUUCUUUCCAUAUUUAUCAUGCUUCGUUUAUUUAGUAAACAACCAGUAACGCGUCUUUCAAGAACAAAGUUGUCUUGUUUGAAUACCAAAUCAUUCUCUACCCCUGCUCGUCAAGUACCAGUUUCUUCAAAAAAAUCAAAUUCACUUUCUGCAGUUAAACCAUGGAGCGAAUUAUCUACACCACAAAAAGUGGUAGCGGCUUCAAAGACAACCAUGAAUCUCGGUGUGAUCGCAGCAGGUGUUACUUUAACAACAGCUAUUGUUUAUUAUAUUACUUCUGAAUUAUUCAGUUCACAAAGUCCUACUAGUAUCUUCAAUGAUGUUGUAGACCGUAUUCGUGUUCAUGAAGAACUGGUUCAAAUCUUGGGUGAGCCUAUUAAGGGUCAUGGAGAACCAAGCAGAAACAAAAGAAGACGCAACAGACGCAUUGCCUCUCAAGAAGUCGAGGAUCAAAAUGGUGAUGCUCAUUUAUUUAUGCGUUUUUAUGUAGAGGGCCCUAUUAAUCAAGGCACAGUGGCCCUUGAGAUGAUCAAGGACGAUAAAAACAAAUGGCAAUACAAGCAACUCUACGUUGAUGUACCUGGACAAGGAUUACCUUCUAAACGUAUUUAUUUAGAAAGACAAUAAAAUAAAAUAAUAGUAAAGAAUAUUAAAUGUGUAUAUAUCGAAUAAAUUAUUUGUUAAAGGAGAAGCCCUUCUUUUUAGCUGUCUUUUCAGGAGUCAUAGGUCUGCCUGAUUCUAGGCGACGUUUCUUCUCUUCCAAAUCAGCACGCUGUUUGUCAAGGGCGUCCUUCAUUUCUUUAUGACGAGCAUAUAAUUCUUCUUCUGAUUGCUUUAAUUUAG